GCCUAAUUCAGAGGGUUGAUCACUGAUACACGCGCUCCGUUCAGUCACGUGACCGCUCUCUGCGACAGAAUGUAGUGUAAGCUCUCAUUAAAGCACCAGCUGAUGCUACACCUUUUCAGCACCGCGGACAGCUCCGUUCUGCAGACCGUGCAGAUGGCAAUGGUUAUAAAAGUCCUCGAGGAGCAACUCUACAUCGGACGUCCACCACGCCAGCCCGAGAUACAACAUGGAUAACAGAUUCAGCUUCUCACGCAGAGCCCCUCAGGAUGAGUAUUUACAAUACAAACCAGCAACACGCGCAGCAUUAGAUACCAGAGCCACGUCCACGAGCAUGAGUCGGGUUGAAAGAGAAGAUUUGAUGCAUGGUUUAAACGAUCGUCUUGCAGGUUUCAUACACAAGGUGCACCAGCUGGAAAGCCAGAAUCAGCUGCUGGAGAGAGAGAUCGAGGAGAUCAGAGGGAAAGCAAAACCCGCAUCCUGUUUGGAGGAGGAGUACGGACCGGAGCUGGGGAAGCUGAGAGAGCUGGUUCAGGAUAUCUCUCAUCAGAAGCAUCAGAUUGAAAUAGAGCACCAGAAUUUAGAGGACGAAGUGUGCAAUUUGAAAAGACAGCAUGAACAGGAGGCGCUCGGCAGAUCAGAUGCAGAGAGGAGUAUUGUGCUCCUCAAGAAGGACAUCAAUGACGCGUAUCAAGCUAAGCUACACCUGGACAAGAAGGUGCAGACUCUUGUGGACGAAAUCCACUUUCUCAAGGGAAACCACGAGGCCGAAGUUUCUGAGAUGUUUGACCAAAUCCAGAAUGCGCAGGUGAGCGUCAAGGCACAUGGAUUUGGCGACCCUGGCGUCACUGCGGCACUGAGGGGCAUCAGAGCACAGCUGGAAGGUCAUAGCAUGUCAGACCUCCAGCAGGUGGGAGAAACUUUCCGAUCUCAGUUUGCAAAACUUACAGAUGCCGCUGAGAGCAAGAGAGAGGCGUUGAAAAGUACCCAGCAGGAGAUCCAGGAGUACAGGAGGCGCCUGCAGGCCAAGAACAUCGAGCUGGACUGCGAAGGCACCAGAGAGGCGAUGGAGAAGCAGCUGCAUGAAGUGGAGGAUCGCCACAAUGAGGAAAUGAUACAUUACCAGAACACAAUCAAAGAACUUGAAAACGAGCUCAUCAGCUGCAUUGACAUGUCUGGUUACCUGCGAGAAUACCAGGACCUGUUGAACGUGAAGAUGGCUUUGGAUGUGGAGAUCAUGUCUUGCAGGAAACUCCUCUGUGGUGAGGAAGCUCGCCUCUCCUCCAUGUCAGACUCCAACAUCACCCUGCCUUACAUCUACCACCAGUCCCCCAUUUACACCCUGCCCUGCCUCAGCAGACCGGGCGCUCCGCACAGACGAGCCGAGCCACAGUACAAGUUUGUAGAGGAGAUCAUAACGGAGACCACCAGGGUAGAGAUGUCUGAGUUUGAGGAGACCGGAUCUGAGGAGACGGAGGGGGGAAGGGACGAACAGGAGUGUACCAAAAGGGAUAAAGGGGGCAGUGAGGAAGAAGAGGACGGUAAUAAAGACAGUGGAGAGGAAGAGGGUGAGCAGGUGCCUGAUAGUGAGCAGGAUCAAGUCACAGAUUGUAAUGGAGAUGAAGGUGAGAGUCGUGAGGUAGAUGAUGAUGCUACAGAUCAGAUAAGCAAAGAGGCAGAGGAGACUGAAGCAGCUGACCAAGUAGAAAACACUGAAAGUGACGUUUUAUUAAGUGAGAGGAAGGAGGAAGAAGAACAUGAGUUAAAUCAAAAAGUAGCUGAAAUCGCACAAGGCGAAAACGCUGUGGUUCUUAAAGACCUCUCUUCAAAACCAGAGGAUGUAAAGCCAGAGGUCCCUGCAGAGGAGAAGAAAACUGAUGAUGCUGAAAACGGACACCCUGGGAAAGAUCAAGUGACUAAGCCUGUUGAGGAAACUUUGGUCGAUGUGUCUAAAGGAUCAGACAAAACUCCAGAGCUAAGCAGUGGUGUCCAAGAGAAAGAUAAAGGUCCAUCUUUGGCUUCAGAAACCGCAGAGGUUAAGAGCACUCCUGCUAAGAUGGAGGAUACUUCAGAAAAGGCUUCACUGUCUUCAUCUACAACACUCAAACCUGAGGACAAGGAGAAAAGUCAAGCACCGCAAGAAAUCAGUGAAUCUGAAGCUGCAAAAAGUGCAGAUAAAGUAGCAAUAGGCCUCCAAAAUGGUAAAGAUGAUAGCAAUAAAGGCCCAGAAGAAGAGCCAUCUCCAGUAUCUAAUGUGAAAGGUCUUCCUGAAGCAGAGGAAAAAAAGCUGAGCAGUGCAGUCCAAAGUGUUUCACCAAAGGAGACAGAUGCAGGUAUUAAGGAGUUACAGCAGGGGGCAGCAGAGAGCAGCCAGGAUCACAAAUCCAAGCUGAGCGAAGUCUCAGAGAAAAUUACAAACCUGAAGGAAAGCCUGAGAAGAUGGAGAGCAGUAGCAGCCAGGAUCAGAAAUCAAAGCUGAGUGAAGUCUCAGAGACAAUGACAAAACCUGAAGGAAAGCCUGAGAAGAUGGAGAGUAGUAGCAGCAAGGAUCAAAAAUCCAAGCAGAGUGAAGUCUCAGAGAAUAUGACAAAACCUGAAGGAAAGCCUGAGAAGAUUGAGAGCAGUAAAGCAGCAAGUUAAGAGAGCCAAACAGAGAGGGAUGUCUGCUGAGGUAGAGGAACAAAGGACCUUCAACCUUUAAAGAAUGACGCAGCAUUUGAUGGGCACACUUCAGGGACAAAGAAGCUCAAACAGGGAAUGGCUUAUUCAGCACAUAUGCAAAGUCAAUGCAUCAAGCAGAGCAACGAAGGAGGAAGCACAAAACUGCACUGUCUCCAGAACGAACAUUACAGGAGAGCAUGAUUCCUGUAAUGCUUGCAGCGAUUCACCUUGAACUUUAAAUCAUUUAUGAUUGAGUUGUGAUGUUUAUGAAGAACCUUUGACUCACCAGUGUUAUCAUGAAUGUAGAAAAGCCAGGUUUAAUUUGUCUGUUUGCAUUGCUAUGUGAUGAGAAAUAAAUACA